AUGUCUCGCCAACAAAUCUCCAACCACUACACCCGCCUCCUCCGCCUCUGGCCCACCGACCGUCUCCGCCCAGCUGAACGACACUUCCAGCGCCUCCUCGAACACCGUAUCCAACAUCCUCCUGCCCACGCCGGGGUUGAAGCCAAGGAAGUUAAUGCCGCGUACCUACUCCUCGACAACGCCGCGAGUAGACAGUUCCCGCUUUCAGACCGGAUCAUGAAGCCACGGAGUGAUCCGCAGCACUACGAGACGUUGGAGAGAGAGAUUGAUGAGGUGCCCGAUCGGACAUUCUGGGGGAGGAUGAUGAAGAGGUUAGGCGGGAUGGUUAGGAUGAAGUGA